AUGGCAAGUGAAAUAACCGGCUGGCUGUCCGACGAGGAUGUGACCAUGGACAAUCCACCAUCGGGAGAAGAUGUAGCAAUGGAGGCAGAUGAGGACGAACCCGAAGAGGAACCCGAGGACGAACCCGAGGACGAACCCGAGGACGAACCCGAGGACGAACCCAAGGACGAAUCCAAGGAGGAGCCUAAGGAGGAACCCAAGGAGGAACCCGAGGCAAAUAAUGGAGUUAGCCGAAUCCUCAACCCACCAAGUCCACUGGUAACCAAAAUCGCGCUUUUGUCCCUCGGCAGCUCUCUCACAGAUGACCCAUGGUUCCUUGCCGAGCUCGAACGCCUCUGGAAAGAAAAGGAGCAACAUCUUCCCUCUAACCCGGCCAUGCGUUUCUUUAUUGAAUCCGGAGAUCGAUUAAAUCUCGAGGAAGCCGGCCAAGUAGUCAACGAGAUCAAGUAUUGUUACCCCAAAUCUGUAUGUAUCACCCCUGCGUUUAUUAUGACCCUAAAGCGAGGUCUCCUGGAGAUCGGACAAACCAUCGGAUAUUCCCAGUUCCCGCGGUUUAUUGGGGAGGGUUGUUUUCAACUCGCUGGAGAAGAGCUGUAUCGCUAUGCGGCAACAGACCCGGAAUCCCGAAUGCAUUUACUUAAAUGGCUCCUGGACUACACUGGCCGUCACCGACAAGACCCAGAAGAAUCGAUCCCAUCAUCGCCGACUAGUUACACCAGCGUGCUGAUGCGGCUUAUUCGAAAGUACAUCGAGAGAGGAGACAUUAGCUUUGAUAUGGUGAAUAGCAUGAUAGGCGAAGCUCAAGACACUCCGUCAAUUACCACGCACCAGGAUGUUAUGGCUGCAUCCGGCAACACGCUUAAUACGAGUAUGGCUCCGGCAGGGGUUGCAUCGGACCAUGGAUUGAAGAUGUUCAUAUUCGCGGAGCUGGAGAGGCAGACUGCGCUAGUUGAUGAGAUGGACAACCUGAUGGGCAAUCUGCACCAGCUUGGUAUCUAG